CGUAUGGAAUACAAUUGUCAGAGCUUCGUACCGUACCGUAAUCCCUUCUUCAAGCCAUGCCCCCAUCACAAACCUUAGCCCAUCAUCGACUCUUCUGACCACCAACGCCGGCAAUGCGUCCAUUGAUUCGCCCGAAGACGGGAUCGUUACUGCGUCUAAGGAAGCAACCGAGACCAGCCUCCAGCCUUGUCAUUUCCGUCUCUCAGCGGGCAGCCAGCACAGCAAAACAUCAUAUUGCUCAUCAUCCCUUCGUGCGACAUCUCAGUGCCACGACGGCCGCCAAAUCCGCCAUGAUGAGCAGCAAUAGCAACAGCAGCAGCAACAAUAACGACAAUAGCAACAGCAGCAGCAGCAGCAGCAGCAGCAGCAGUAAUCAGCAGCCCCAGUUCACGGCCGACUCGGACCCCGAGGCGCUGGAGACCUUCCUGUCCCCGCUCCUCGUGGCGAACGGGGGCCGGUGGGCUCUGGCCAUGGGAGGGCAGGCUCUCGAGCGCGAGUUCAAGUUCAAGACGUUCGCCAAGACAUGGGAUUUCAUGACAGCCGUGUCCCUCCAGUGCAAGCUCAAGAACCAUCACCCCGAGUGGUCCAAUGUAUGCAAUAACCUACCCCCUUGAACAACCGUCCCUCUCCCCCAACCCCC